AUGUCUGAUAAAAGAAAUAGACCUACAAUUUUUAGAUCCAGAGUCGCGUUGGAAGUUGCUGACAUGACAAAGCCUCGAAACCUGGCUGGUGCGAAACUAUUUAUUGGCAAAAAGCUCUUAGAAAAUAAGAGAACUAAGUACGAGUCUGAUGAGGUUGAAUCUUAUUGGCAAACUGUACGAGCAAAGAUGGCAAUUAAUAUUGCAAAAAGCCAUCAUAAACUUCAGAAGGUCUUCCAAAAAACUGUUAACCUCCUUUGUGAAGGGGAGUCGAGAAAGCGAAUGAGACCAGAUGAUGAGGUGUUUUCGAAUAGUAAAGACUGCAAGGAUGAUGAUAAAAUCAAUUCACACACAGUAUAUGAAGUCAAGUAUUGGCAGGAGACCGAAAAUUCCUCUGGCAAUGAAUCUGAUGAUAACCAGAAUGACGAAGUACCCAAGGAUUGCUUAAGAAAUUGGAUGGAUAAUGAGGAUGAUGAACUGGAGACAAAAAAUUUUCGUAAAUAUGUCGAUGAAAGCUAUGCAAAAACACGAAAUAACAAUAUUAUGAAAUUUGUAUAG